CCUUAGACCAUUGUGGCUGCAACCAAUCCGCCACUCCUGCCGCCACUGCUGCUUCAGCACCUGAGCUUUCUUGCCCUAUCUUCUGUCAUCCUUCCCCGUGCAAGCUAACUAGUCGUGCGACAUGUCCAAGCGUGGUGCUUCUCCCCCUCCCGGAGGUGCGCUCAUAAAGCGAGCGCGUUCCAAUGAGCCUGCUCAAAACCAAAUUGCCAUUUCCUCGUCAAACGAUGAACGGCAGCAGGCCCUUAUCCGUACUGUGCAGCGCACAAGUAGCUUGGAGGCCCCCAUCGUCAGUCUUUCAGGCUCACACUCGGCAGAAAUUCUCAGCUGUAGGUUCGAUCCUACAGGCCAAAAUAUAGCCGCGUGCUCCGCGGAUAGGAGUGUCUCACUCUGGCGAACAUAUGCACCGAAUGAAAACUACGGCCUUCUCUCUAGCCUUCACAAAGCCCCUAUACUAGAUCUGCAAUGGUCGCUAUUCUCUCCGCUCCUCUACACGGUGUCCGCCGACCAGACCCUCAACGUGACGGACCUCACCACUGGGCAGCGUCUGCGCAAACUUCGCUCUCACCGGGGCAUCAUCAAUUCUCUUGACAGGACGAUGGCGGGUGGUGCUGGAGUAGAGCUGGUGGUAACUUGUGCUGAUGACGGGACGGUGAGGGUAUGGGAGGGCGGCGAUGAGGGUCCGAAGGCCCCUGUGAGCGUAUUCGAGAUUGGGUGCCCCGUCACUUCAGUGUGUUGGAGCGCAGAUGGCAUGAACAUCUAUGCUGGUGCGCUGGACAACGAGAUCCAUGUUCUCGACCUUCGCAAAAACGAGCAAGUGUACACUCUUACAGGGCACACAGACACGCCCACGUCGCUGUCCCUCUCACCCAAUGGCAACUUCCUCCUGUCCCCCUCCUUGUCUUCACAAACGAUUAUCCACGACGUCCGACCAUUCUCGCCGUCGCCGGCGCGCGUGCACCGCGUCCUCAUGGGUGCGCCAGCAGGGUUCGAGAACACCCUGUUACGUGGAGCCUGGAGCAGGGACGAUGGUGGCAGGCGUGUUGCUGUGGGAGGUGCGGACAGAACUGUCUGCAUAUGGGACGUGGAGAAUGCGAAGGUGCUCUACAAGCUUCCUGGACACAAGGGUACCGUCACCUCUGUCGACUUCCAUCCAAAAGAACCUAUCAUUUUGACCGGUAGCAAGGAUGCUACUAUGCUUCUGGGCGAGAUUGAGCCUAGUGUCACUGCGUAGCCUCAUGUGUACUGUAUAUAUUGCGUUGUAGAAUAUGUCGUCUGACAAUAAUGCUCUUCUGAGUGACAUUUGCCAAUGUCAAU